AUGUUGUCGGUGGCAGUUUGUGGCCCUUUCCAUGUGCAGGUGCCAGUACACUCCCGAAGGGAGGGCCUCGAAAGGAGCCAGGAUGACGGAAAAGGGGCCAAAGGUCGAGGAAGAGGGGGACAAAGCAAAGGAAAGGGAAGAGGCAAAGGCUUCAAGGAGCCUGUGAAGUCGGACAAAGGCCUGCAGAAGAGGAUACAAAGGUAUGCUCGUGGAGUUGUUGCCUUGAAAGACAUCACAUCGAAGAAAGACAAGAAGCUUGCUGGUCAGAUGAAGCAACGAUACCGUGCGGACCAAGAGACGGCCUUUCGAUUGGCAAAGGCUGAGGUGUUGCAAACUGCAGAGGCGGGCUUUAUCGAAGCAGAGGAGGGUGAGAAAACCAUGAGGUUGACGCAAGAUGAUAUCAUUGAAUCCGCCAGUGUCGGCGUUGCCCGCAAGCGCUUCUCCUUUGAUCUGCCCUACGGCCCAUACUGCUGCUCCAUGACUGGUAAUGGGCAGAACAUGCUGGUUGGUGGCAUCAAAGGUCAUGUCGCAUUCAUGCACCUCGAAUCGAUGAACAUUUUCACGGAGCUGCAUGUCAAAGAGACGAUACGGGCAGUACAAACUCUCCACAAUGAAAACAUGUUUGCGGUGGCGCAGAGGAAAUACAUCUUCAUCUACGACAAGCAAGGAAUAGAGCUGCACUGCAUAAAGCAACAGAAGUCGCCGAUGCAUCUUGAUUUUCUGCCCUACCAUUUUCUACUCGUCAGUGCAGGUGAGCGCGGGGAGGUCACGUGGCGAGAUAUCUCAUAUGGACAGCAGGUUGCCGAGCACAAGACGAAAUUGGGGCCCACGACGUGUAUGCGGCACAACCCCACAAACGCUGUCAUGCAUCUCGGGCACAACAAGGGGGUGGUGACAUUGUGGACACCGACCGUCAAGGAGCCCGUCGUCAAGAUGGCGUGCCACAAUGCGAAGGUGAACGCCAUUGCUGUUGCUGGCAACUACAUGGUCACUGCAGGAGCAGAGUCGAAGUGGAAGGUGUGGGACCUCCGGAUGUAUGCAGAACUGCACUGCUACAGGACUCGUGGCCAUGCCGUCAACAGCAUAGACGUGUCCAUGACGGGUCUGGUGGCAACCGGUGCUGGAUGUCGCUUUGAGGUUUGGAAGGAUGCAGCAUCGGCGAGGCAGCCAAGGCCGUACAUCACCGAAGAGUACAAAGGGCGGAUGAUCGAAUGUGUGCGUUUCAGACCAUUCGAGGAUGUUUGCUGUGUCGGACAUUCUGAUGGCUUUGGAAGUCUGAUUGUACCGGGUGCGGGCAAAGCCAAUUUCGAUUCCUUCGAGGCGAAUCCUUACGAAACCAAGUCUCAGCGACGAGAGCGAGAGGUAAACUCGUUGCUGGAUAAACUGCAGCCGGAUUCUAUCAUGCUCAACCCGGACAGAAUCGGUGAGCUCAACCAGGGCGUGGUCAAGGCUUGGAAGGAGGAGUCAGCGAAGAAAGAAGCUGCAGAAGCCGCCGAGGCUGGCAAAAGCAAAAAGGAAGCUAAAAAGGCACGCGGAAAGAACAAGGUGGGCAAUCGAAUGAAGAGAAAAGCUCUGAAGCAAGUUGCAGAACAGAGGCAAAAGGCCAGGGAUCGCACGCAGAAUGCUGAGGGAGGCUCUGGCGGCGAAACAGAUGAAGAGGAUGAUGACAGUGAAGGUGAAGCUGAGGAUGGUGGAGGUGCUCCAGCUUUUGUUUCGGGGUUGUCAAGCGUCGUUCCUGCAGGCCACCCUGGGCUUGCUCAGCAGCUUUUUAGAAGCCUGAAGGUUAUCAAACCCUUGCUGCCUCCCGGGCAGCUUUGGACAUGA